UUCACAGGAAGCUGGACCAGCAAUGGCUCUGCUGAAGGUUCUGCUGCUGCUGGGGUUGGGUGUUUCAGUGAACUCAGAUGUUUCUCUGCAGAAGAGAAUCCUUGGAGGUCAUAACUGUGCUGACACGGAGCGUCUUUAUCAUGUUCGGCUGGAGGGCUCCAAUGGUACUCAUACGAGCCUGUGUGGAGGAUCUCUGAUCCACCCUCAGUGGAUCCUGACUGCAGAUACCUGCUGGAAGUCGGAGACAGGGUGGUUUAAUGUAGCAAUGGUAAAAGUUCAUCCACGGACUGCUGGACGGAAGCUUUACAGAAUCCAUGGCAGAACUGGGUAUUCUGAUCCCGAAGGCUGGCUGCAUGACAUCAUGUUGCUGAAGAUUCAAAAACGAGUAAAUGAUGUCCCAUUUGCUCCACUACCAGACUGCAGUAAUCGCCCUAAAAUUGGUGACACUCUACAGCUGGCAGGAGAGGGAGCAACGACAACUGGCCCCUAUAAUGAGCAAUUAUCCAAUGCUGUUGCUGCAACACAACUUCAGUGUGUCGACAUGCCAGUUGUUGAGGCUUCCCAUUUCCUGCCAACAUAUGGACAUGUAUUCUCUGCUAAAGCACAGAACAAGGAUGUGUGUUAUGGUGACGCUGGUUCAGCAGCGGUGUUCAACGGCAAGAUUUAUGGUGUGAUUUCUCCAGGUGUACCACGCUAUGCAUGUGAGAGCGCAGCUUCAGUCGUAGAUUUGUGUGAAUACAUGGACUGGAUAAGAAGACAAAUUGACUUUAAAUAA